CGGCGCGCGGCGAUGACGCGCGCGCGCUGCCCCGCCGUCCCCCCGCUGGCGGCGCGGCCAUGAAGGCGACGCCGCUCUCCAACUGCGAGCGGCGCUUCCUCCUGCGCGCCAUCCAGGAGAAGAAGCGCCUGGACGGGAGGCAAUGCUACGACUACCGGAACAUCCGCGUCUCCUUCGGCGCCGACCGCGGCUGCUGCAUGGUGGAGCUGGGCAGGACCAGGGUUCUUGCACAGGUCUCGUGUGAACUCGUUCCCCCUAAGCCCAGUCGGCCCACGGAAGGUGUGCUCUUCUUUAAUCUGGAACUCUCACCCAUGGCUGCACCUGGGCUGGAGCCUGGCAGACAAUCCGAGUUACUGGUGUCACUGAACAGAUUACUGGAGCGAUGCCUCAGGGAUUCCAAAUGCAUUGAGACUGAAUCUCUCUGCGUUGUUGCUGGUGAAAAGGUUUGGCAAAUUCGGCUGGACAUGCACCUGUUAAACCAUGAUGGCAACAUCACUGAUGCUGCCAGCAUAGCAGGGAUUGUAGCUCUGUGUCAUUUCCGCAGGCCAGAUGUGUCUGUGCAAGGAGAGGAAGUAACUGUGUACACUCCUGAGGAGCGUGAUCCUGUCCCCUUGAGUAUCCACCACAUGCCCAUUUGUGUCAGUUUUGCCUUCUUCCACCAAGGGACCUAUUUGUUGGUGGAUCCAACUGAACGUGAGGAGCGGGUGAUGGAUGGGCUCCUCGUAAUUGCCAUGAACAAACACCAUGAAAUUUGUACCAUCCAGUCCAGUGGAGUGGUCAUGCUGCUGCAGGAUCAGAUUCUGAGGUGCAGUAAAAUAACAGCUGUUAAGGUCGCAGAAAUAACAGAACUGAUUCAGAAAGCCUUGGAAAAUGACCAAAAAGCCAGGAAAGAAGGUGGGAAGUUUGGCUUUGCAGAGUCCAUCCCCAACCAAAGGAUCACUGCCUUCAAAAUGGAGAGUGCUGCUGUGGACACCAGCGACGUGGAAGAACAGGCUGGAGAAAUCAUUGCGAAAGCUGACCCUCCUUCAGAAGUUUUUGCCAGUCCAGUAGUGCACACUCCUGGGACAGCCCAAAUUGGGGAAGGAAUAGAGAGCUCCUGGGGAGACCUUGAAGAAUCUGAGAAGGAAGAAGCAGCAGAAGAGGAAGGUGAAAGUGAGGUGGCUGCUUUUGCAUGUGAGAAAAUGGAGACUGAGGAUACAAGUACACUGAGGGAAACUAAGAGUAAGGAGCCCAUUGUACUGUCUGACAGUGAAGAGGAAGAAGUUGUCAUUCUGGAACCACAGGAACUACCAAGGAAAACAAGAAGUGAGAUUUGCUGCUGUAUCCAUGGAAACCCUUGUUGUUAGUGCAUUUCCAAAAGAUUAACGUACACCUUGGCCCCAGGCAUGAACACAGACAAGCUCCAAACAAGAAAAUCCAAGUAAGAAAGCAUUUAACAAAAAGAGAAGAAAGAAGAGAACUUCUCGUUAAAGCCAUCAGCCCUCCUCCAGGAACACUAUAUAAUAUGGAUUUUGGUGUAUUAUUACUGAGCUUAUUUUUGUAGAUAAUUUUAUUUCCUCCCCUCCCAAUACUUGGUUCUGCUUUUAUGUAUAUGUUAAACAAUUGUACACAGAUUUAAAUAAAAAAGGUGCCUGUAACUGAAAUCCUAGGUUUGGCAUCCAGGUGCAGCAAAAA